AGAAAGUGCGCGCGAGAGAGCGAGAGGGGAGUGCGUGCGAGUGAAAGAGAAGGAGGGAAAAUAAAGCGAGGCGGAGCCGCCGGGGGAUUUCUUGCUCUCCCUCUCUUUCUUUCUAGCGUGCGCGCGCGAGCGCGCGCAUCAUUCGAUAAGGAGCGCAAGGCCGACGACGACGACGACGACAGCAGCGAUCGCCACAAUCUCGAGCACGAUGUUCUCGGGCCUGACGAGCCAAGUGUCCAGCUGGAUGAGCAAGAAGGGCGAGGAUGGCGGUGAUUUGUCAGCCGAUGGUCAAAUAGCUUCCGAUGCCGAGACUAUGGAAUUCGACAAGGCGGCUGCUGCUGGCAGCAGUCCGACCAAAGGCAGCAGCAAACUCGAGAUCCUGGCGGGCGUCAAGUCCCAGGUGGCUUCGUCGAUGAGCGGUUGGCUCAGCGGCGGCAUCUCUGGACUCAAUCGCGGCGGGAGCGUACCAGCCGAGGCCGACCUCCAGCAGUCCGAGGCUUCCGAAGCGGCGACGCGGGAUCUUUCAGCCACAGAACACGUAAAAGACGAUGACGCAAGCAGGUGGGUCGCAGGUGCGACUGGCGGAGCAGAUAGUGGCCCUGGAAGUCUCGGAGGUACGCCAACCGAAGAUAAGGAUGGUCAGCAGGCUUUCGGUGCUGUGUCGACGAAAGCACUCGCAGGUGCUAAAAGUUUGGGUGGAUUUUUGUACAGCGCAGUGAACAAAGCUGGCAAAUCCGUAGCUGUGGCUAGUGCUAAAAUUAAGAAAACCGUUGAGGAAAACGUGAAUAAUCAGAGACUGAUCGCAGAAUUGAAUAAAGAACAGGAAGCAUUUAUCGCUGGUAAACCAGGAGAGAAAGGGGAGGCAACAGCACCGUGGGUCGGAGCACCAAAUGAGGAAGUACUCCGUGAGGAGUGCUUGGCACUUUCGACCGAUCGUCGCAAUUUUGUGAGAGCACCACCGCCAGGAGUUGACUUUGCCUGGGACUUUGAAGCCGUUCAACCAAUGGCCCAAGCGACACUCGCUCUAGAUCCUAAUUUAGAAACCAUGAGGUUCGAAUUGGUCCCGAAAGUAAUAUCCGAAGAAAACUUUUGGCGUAAUUACUUCUAUCGGGUUUCCCUUCUGCGCCAGAGUCACGAACUCAACGCAAUGGCUAAUCAGUCGACGGAGAGUAACCCUGUCGAUCAGGCGCUUAUAUCGGGUGACAGCGUAGAUCACACUCAAGCUAGUUCAAUGGGUCAGUCCGGGGCCGACGGCGUACCGAUGGAUUCUGACGUCACAAAGGGUCCAGUCCAUAACGAUGUCGCAUUUGAUAAUGCGAUCUCGGAAGUGGAUGCACAAGAGGGAAUGAAAAAGCUUGGACUACAAUCGAAUAAAGCAUAAAAGAAGAGGAGAAUUCGUUUCCCAUGUUACCAUUUACCCAGAGCAUUAGUACAGCCUCUCUUCUUAUGUCUUUCUGUUGAAGUAUUAUAAUUACACAAAUAUAUCUACGGAAGAGAAAGAGCAAGCAUACAAAAUUAUUUAGGCAGAGCGAUAAAAGCAGAUUAUGCGAUAAUAUGAGAAAUAAAUAGAGUUUUAAGAAAGAAAUAAAAAGGCGAAACGAGUGAGACGUAUAAG